AUGAUUUUACAAUUACUUUACUGUCCGUUAUGUGUCAAUUUAUUCAAGGAUCCAGUUACAUUCUCUUGUGGAAAUACAUUUUGUCGACAAUGUUUAUUACCUUCUUCAACCAAUCGACGAUUUCAAUGUCCAAUUCAAAGUUGUAAUCGACAACAUGAAAUUAAUACAGUAACAGAUUUUUCAAUAAAUAAAUUAACUGAUAUCAUAAGGCGAGAACAAUUACCAUUAAUUUCCGCUUUACCACAAUUUAAUUUAUCACAAUUCGAUUGCCUAAAAGAUUUAUUAUUACAAGAAUUAGAUUGUAAAGUUUGUUAUCAAUUAUUUAUCGAUCCUAUAACAACACCAUGUGGGCAUACUUAUUGUAAAUCUUGUUUAACACGAUCUUUAGAUCUUAAUGGUCGAUGUCCUUUAUGUCGAUAUCAACUACAGGAUUAUAUUUCUUUUAUUAAUCAACCGAUAAAUAAAACCUUACACACUUUUAUAAUUUCUUUAUAUUCAACAUUACUUUCUGAAGGGAGAAGACAAUUAGUAGAGAAUGAUGUAAAUGACAUAAAUGAUAUGCAAUAUAUUCCAAUAUUUGCUACUUCUCUUGUCUUUCCAAAUAUGUCUUGUUUCUUAAAUAUAUAUGAACCUAGAUAUAAAUUAAUGAUAAGAAGAUGUCUGGAAUCAAGAACAAGACAAUUUGGAAUGGUAUUAAAAACUGAAAAUGGAUUUACCGAAUAUGGAACUAUGUUAGAAAUACGGUCCACUGAAGUUUUGGAAGAUGAUGGUCGAUUGAUGGUGGAAACUAUUGGUACUUAUAGAUUCCGUGUAUUGGAAACAGGAAUGAGAGAUGGAUAUGAUGUUGGAAAAAUUGAAAGAGUUGAUGAUAUAAGUGCUGAAGAAGAAAUAGCUCGAGAAAGGGAAGCAAUUAGAAAUGCAGGAAUAAAUAAUGCUCUCGAACAUACCACUUCAGAACUAAUUACUUUAGCUUCAGGACUUAUUGAAGACAUAAGAAAUGGGUAUGCAGCAUGGUUAGAACAACGUAUUAAUUCUACAUAUGGAGAAUUGCCAAAUGAUCCUUCAAAUUUUUCCUAUUGGGUAGCUUCCAUAUUACCAAUCAAUGAAAAUGAGAAGUAUAAAUUAUUGGAGGAAAGAUCAGUUAGAGAAAGAUUAAAGUUGGUUGUCAUGUGGAUUGAACAAAUAAGAGGGGAAUGGUGGUUUUCAAGAGGAUGUUGUAUUAGUUAA